GCUAAGGAGUAUUUAGCGGGUGUGCAAGUGGAAGGUCUCGUGCCAUCUACCGUUAAACUGUGCCGACUGGGAAGAUUCAUUGGUAGAUUUAUGUCGUGCAAAAAGAUUUUCUUUCCUAUCCAUGACGGCGUACUUAAGCAUUGGUUCUUGGCAGUUCUUAAAAUACCCAGUUGGCAAUGCGAAAUAUGGGACAGCAACCCCGAGAAGUCAGCAAACAAACGCCGCGAGGAAUAUGUUGCUGCAUCUAUAUCGAUGAUUGAAAAAGUUUUUGCUGCUGAAAUGCAAUUGUCACCUGGCAUUCAUGCCAAGAUUGGUUCAUUGUCCAUCAAGUAUCCACAGAGAAGCCCUAGGCAUCCCAACAGCCAAGACUCAGGAAUAUUUCUGAUUAGAAGCAUGCAGUUUUACCGUCAGCGCUGGUACCAAGGGUUUAACUCGGGGGACCAGAGGGUUCGUAUGGCACUUGAGACAGUGAAUCACCCAAAGAAUGAAGUUCUGGAACAGGUCUUUGAAGCCGCUGCAGAGGAAGUCCCAUAUGAUGUAGCAUCUGCAUGGUUGGCACAAGAAUAUUUGAACAAAAAUGGAAGUCUCCCAACUGCAGGCAUGAAGUUCAACCCACGCCGGGCUAGGCGCUGAUCAUCCUAUUAAGAACAAGUGAUGUGAAUGGUUUAGGGCCAAUAACCUCGUCUUAAAUCAUUUAUGUGGAUUUUAUUUGGUUGAUGGACUGUUUCAUGAGAACCCCUGUUUCAUUCAUUUUUCAUUUAUGUUUUAACUGUCAGAGAACGGUAUGAGUUAUGGAGAUCGUGUUGUUGUAUGCUAUUGAUUAAGCUUAUCUGAAUUGGCAUAUAACCUGAAGACAGAAUUUUAAUUGUUAUCAU